GUAGGCAUGGCUCAGAACGUUGUGAGUUUCUCGAAGUUCAAUUGGGUUGGGUUUGAUAUGGAUCACACCCUCGUCAGAUACAGACUUCCCGAGCUCUAUCGUCUCGUCUACUCUUGUCUGUCUCGUUUCAUGGUCGAGGAGAAAUCCUACGAUCGGUCGUUGCUCGAUCCUAUCGAUAAAAAUCGUCACAUGAUGCAGAAAGGAGUUAUACUGGACGGAGUGCAAGGCAAUUUCCUGAAGUUGGCCGCAAACGGUUACAUAUUGCGAGCUUAUCACGGCACCCGGUUGUUAUCCGGGGACGAGAUCGCACGUGGGUAUGGGACAUCCCGGAUAUGGAAGCAUCACGGUGUAUUGCGAGAUACCGUCAAACAGAUUGAGAAUCAUUGGUUUUUUGACACAUAUUUUAGUCUGCCAGGAAUCGUUUUAGCCGCUCGACUCAUUGAUGUAUUAGAAGACAAGACGACCCUAAACUGGACCGCCAUCUGGAAGGAUAUCGUUCAAGCUUUUGUUCUCGUUUUCGAUCAUCCCAAUUUUAAGAAUGGUGUUAGUAGAUAUUUUUCUGAAUUGAAACGAAGUACCGGUGACUACGUAUAUCCGAUCAGCGACAGACUGAAAUGUUGGUUGAGAGACCUGAAAUCAAUUGGUGUCCACCUGUUCCUUAUGACCAGCUCGCAUAUCGAUUAUUCUCGAUUGUUACUCAAUUACUCAUUUGGUUCUGGAUGGGAGGACAUAUUUGACCUCAUCAUAGUCGAUGCAAAGAAACCGGGAUUCUUUACCGACAAGAAUCCAUUCUAUUUGAUCGAUUCGAAUGAUGACAUCAUCAAAGAUCCGAUAACUGACCUUCAACGUGGCAUUGUGUACGCACAGGGAAGUGAAGCUGCUCUUAGGAAAUUCUUUAGUAGAGUUGCCGGUGUUGAUGCUCCCAGUAUCCUUUAUGUUGGGGAUAGCAUCCGUUCGGAUAUUUUUCCUCCAACAAAAUUUGAUGGUUGGCAGACAGUUGCCAUUGUUGAAGAAAUGGCCAAUGAGAACAUCUGGGAUUUAGAGAUCUUGGAGUCAAAUGAUGAGCCACCGAUCAAGAAACAGAGGAAGGAAGAGGUCAAGGAAGAUCCCGUACUGAUCUCAGAUCUCUGGGGAGAUUUCUUACAAGACGAGAUACAAAAUGAUGACCAGUCUGAGCCGAAACAAUGCAAGACGUUCUGGGGUGAUGUUCUGGCAAAGUACAGUAGCUUGGCUGUGCCGUAUCUCGACGUUCUAUCUCAAUUUCCUGUCGAUGCCAAAUUGGCUCAAGUUCAUUCUUUUUAGCAAACUUAGCAGUGACUUGAGAGGACACGAUGAUUAACUUAUUGAUUUCUUGUGACAUAUUGGCAACGUGUCUGAGUGUUUCAAUUGGUUCUUACCCAUGUAAUUGACUAUCGUAAUAGCAUGCCACAGUUUGGCUUAUGAUCAUUACAUUUCAAAC